AUGUGGAUUGAAAAGAGAAGCGGUCUCAGGACUAAACUGUGGGGCACUAGAAUGUUCAGAGGCCAGGAAGAGAACUCAGAGUCAGUGAAGGAAACUCAAAGGAGGUCAGUUAAAGCUUCUGAUGCAGAUGCAGGACUCUAUGGCUUUGUGGAGUAUUCUCUUUAUGACGGAUUCCAAAGCUAUGACACGUCUCAAGCAUUCCAGAUUGACCCACAUGAUGCGCGAAUCUGUGUUUCUCAAGAUAUUGACAGGGAAAGAGAUCCAGCCUCCUAUGACCUCUUGGUGAGAGCUAAGGAUGGGGACGACCAGAGAACAACACAGUCAAUGUUGGUGAAGGGUGGACUAAGCGCCCAAGCUUUUGUUCGUGUGGAAAUAGAGGAUGUGAAUGAUAAUGAACCUGUCUUUAACCCAUCAACCUACGUGAUGAGCAUUAGCGGCCAGACCCAGCCAGGCACUGAGAUCAUCAGUGUUCUUGCUACUGACAGAGAUUCUGGGAUAUAUGGAACAGUGGCCUAUGAACUCAUUCCUGGAGACCUGUCGUCCCUUUUCACCAUCGACUCCACUACAGGAAUUAUUUACUUAACAUCAACUCUUAGUCAUUUGGAAUCUACUACACUUUUGCUGAUGGUCUGUGCUCGAGAUGGUGGUGGGCUCACAUCUGCCAUUAAUGCUGACGUCACUAUCCACGUUCAUCAGACAGUGCUGGCACCCGCUGAAUUCGAAAGGCCUAAGUAUACUUUCUCAGUUUAUGAAGAUGUACCUGAAGACAGUCCUGUGGGAACAGUGAAAGCAAAAGAAUCCUUGAAUUUCUCGGAGCCAGUUUCUUACAGAAUCUCCUCUGGUGAUCUGGACAGGAAGUUCUCCAUUCACCCAUGGCUGGGCGUCAUUCGAACCCGGAAGCCUCUGGAUCAUGAAACCCAGCCCGUGGUUGUGCUCACAGUACAGGCGCAGCUCAGCGGCUCCCCCGCCUACAGCAGUACAGAGGUCAACAUAACUGUAAUCGAUGUCAAUGACAACCAUCCAGUAUUUCCCAAAGCCUCUGAUGAGGUGAAAAUAUCCCAGACCACACUGCCUGGCACAGCCUUGUACCUUGCCCGGGCACAAGACAAAGACAGCGGGCAGAAUGGAUUCAUCCGAUAUACCAUUGCAAGCCAGAAUCCAAGCAUCUUUUCCAUUGACUCGGGGCUUGGUGUUGUGUACCUCAAUGAGAGUCUGGGAAGUGGUCCCCAGAAAUGCACGCUAACUCUCAUGGCCCAGGACCUGGGCGUUCCUCCUCAGGCAUCCCUGUUAGUGCUGACAGUUGUGAUCGAAGAACGAGAGCAAAGCCCAUCUUUGACUUUUGGAAACUUGGUCUAUCAAGCAGAAGUUAGUGAGUCUCUCUCACCGAUGACCCAAAUACUGCAAGUCCAGGCCUACCCACUUGGGCCUCAGCGCGCAAGCUCGCUGCCCCUGUACUUGCUGGGACCCAGCGCAGACUCCGCCAUGUUUGGCAUCCGCCCUCACACAGGUUGGAUUUAUUUGCGGCGACAGCUUGACUAUGAAUCCACACAGAUAUAUAAUUUUAGAGUGUUUGCCUGGAUCCCGGAGGACAGAUUGUCGCAAAAUGUGAGCACUUCAGUAAUUGUUCAUGUCCUCGAUGAGAAUGACAAUUCCCCUACCUUCUUGCAUGAUGUGUUGUUUUUGAAAGUCGAGGAGAGCCCUGUUCCCCAAGGGGUAAUAGACAAAAUUACAGCAAUUGACAGAGACUCGGGAAAGAAUGGACAGCUGUCAUAUUUCCUUUUGUCUGAUGGAAAAUUCUUCAAGAUGAAUCCUAAUACAGGAGAUACUGGUUAUGUCGUAACCUUUAUAACUGGUACCCCAUCCUAUAGCGGGACAGAAUUUGAACUCAGUUCUGUAACCUCAGCCUUUAUAAAGUGCCCGUUAUGUGAAUUAGGAACAGGCGAAUUGAUCAGUUGGGUGGCAUUGGACCACGAGCAUCAGGGGCACCAUCAGGUGACCGUCCUAGUGACAGACCAUGGCUCCCCACCACGAAACACCAGCAUGGUGGUUUAUGUCUCAGUCACGGACAUCAAUGACAACAGGCCGUAUUUCCCACAGUGUCUCCCUGGAAAGGAAUUGCACGUCAAGGUUCUGGAAGGUCAACCAGUAAAUAUGUUGGUUACAACGGUGUUUGCAAAGGAUUUUGACAAAGGAAACAACGCAGAGAUUGUAUAUUCAAUAUCUUCAGAAGAUAGUUCUGAUCACUUCAAGAUUGAUGCCAACAGUGGCGAAAUAAGAACAACCGUGAUACUUUCAUAUGACCACAGACCCUCCUACAGAAUGACCGUAGUUGCCAGUGACCAGGGAGAGCCUCCUCUUCAAGGACAGGCCAUCAUUAAUAUCCAGGUGAUACCACUGCCUAAAGGGAGACCUGUCAUUUCUCAGAAUAUUAGACACUUAGUUAUACCAGAAAACUUGAAGCCUGCAAAAAUAAUGAGCUUGAUAAAGUCACCCGAUCACCUUCAGCAACAUCAUAAUGGAAAGUUACAUUUUAGUAUUGCUGCAGAUGACAAGGAUGGUCACUUCAAAAUUGACAGCUCAACAGGAGACUUAUUCCUUUCUAAGGAACUUGAUUAUGAAAUGACAUCACAUUAUUUAUUCCGGGUGGUUACUAAAGACCAUAGCAAAAACCCUCCCCUGAGUAGCACAGUCUUCCUUAAUAUUGAUGUUGAGGACCAGAAUGACCAUUCCCCGUCUUUCCAAGAGGAGCUAAUUGUCAUAAGUGUGGAAGAGAAUGUCCCUAUAGGGACGCUGGUGCAUGUCUUCAAUGCCAAAGAUGGCGAUGGCAGUUUCUUGAAUAGUAGAAUUCAAUACUUCAUUGAAUCCCACCACCCUGGAAUGAGUCCAUUUCUCAUCCACCCCUCGUUUGGCACAUUAGUCACUGCGUCCCCCCUUGACAGAGAGAGAGUUCCAACUGUCAUCCUGACAAUAACAGCAUCCGAUCAGGCUGUGAAUGUGACAGACCGGCGCUUGGGAUCACUGAUGGCAAGGGUGGUGAUUUUGGAUGUAAAUGACCACAGCCCCACUUUUAUGUCUUUCCCCAUUGCCCACAUCAAAGAGGAUGCCGCAGUGGGCUCCUUUGUGCACCACGUAACUGCUCAAGAUCCAGAUGAAGGAAGGAAUGGAAGAGUCACAUACAGCAUCCUUUCAGGAAAUGAAAACAUGGCCUUUAUGCUAGAUGAGUCAUCAGGCUUACUAACAACAACUUGUCCUUUGGACUAUGAAACAAAAACUCAGCAUGUUCUGACCCUUCUGGCCCUGGAUGAUGGCAUGCCUGUGCUUUCUUCAUCCCAGACUUUGACAGUUCUGGUUCUUGACGUAAAUGAUGAGGCACCAGUAUUUCAGCAGAACUUGUAUGAAGCUUCAGUUAAAGAAAACCAAAAUCCAGGGGAGUUUGUCACAAGGGUUGAAGCUAUGGACAGAGAUUCAGGAAUCAAUUCCAGGUUUCAGUUUGAAAUCAUGCCAGGUGCUUCAUCUGGGUUGUUCAAGAUAAAUCCUGACACUGGAGAGGUAGUGACAACCACCACACUUGACAGAGAAGUUCAGGAAGUUUUCACCCUUCGAGUGCUUGUGCGAGAUGGAGGAGUCCCUUCGUUAUCCGGCACCACCACAGUUCUCUGCACGGUGGAAGAUGAAAACGAUCAUGUGCCAGAGAUUAGUGUCCCCAGUCAUAACAUUGAGGUUCUGGAAAACCAAGAGCCAGGGGUUGCCUACACUGUUUUGGCUUCUGAUAUGGAUGCUGGCAAUAAUGGAGCUGUAAGGUAUCAUAUAAUUGAUGGAAAUACUGAUGAAUACUUUGCUAUUAAUGAAACAUCGGGAGACCUCUCCACCACUCGUGCUUUGGACCGGGAACAAGUCAGCAAUUUUACCUUAGUCAUCCUGUGCUCUGAUCUAGGGAAUCCACCGAGGAGCUCUCUAGCGCAGUUGCAUGUUAGAGUUUUAGAUGACAAUGACCAUGGCCCUUCCUUCCCUACGCUGCAUUACCAGGCCUCCGUGAGAGAAGAUGCCGAAGUGGGGACAUUGGUUCUUGUAUUGUCUGCCGUGGACAAGGAUGAAGGUCUGAAUGGGAAAACUGAGUAUUUUCUGGUGGGUGAAACUUCUGGUGCAUUCACCAUUGAUCCUGUGGCGGGGACAUUGAGAACCUGCCGCACCUUGGAUCGAGAAGCCAGAUCUCAGCAUACAUUGAGAGCUGCGGCCAGAGACUGUAGUGUUCAGGGCUCAAGAAGCACCACAGUAAUUAUAAAAGUGCAUGUCAUGGAUGUUAAUGACAAUGACCCAGUGUGGGGGCAGAACCCCUUUGAAAUUUUUCUUUCUCCCCAGUCACCUACUAAUCAGACAACUGCCAUUCUGACAGCCAGUGACCCUGACUUGGGACCCAAUGGAACUGUUACGUUUAGUUUUGCAGAGACUCAGCCAAUGUUUUCUAUUGAUAAGUAUACAGGAGAAGUUCAGCUUCGGCACAGCCCAUCUUCAGAGUAUUUUCCAAUCUGGCUGCAGUUAAAAGUUAUGGACCAAGGGGUCCCAGCCAGGACAGCCCCUGGCCUCUUAGUUGUUCACAUGGAAGGAGAAGAUGGAAAGAUUUCCUUCAGCCACCCUCUGUAUAAAGGGACUGUGACUGAAAAUUGUGAUGCAGGUACUUCUAUUGUGACUGUAAAAGCUGUUGCUCCAGACCUAAUACAAGACAGCAUUAAAUAUUCCAUUUUUAGUGGAAACGAAGAUGGAGUUUUUUCCCUGUGCUCCAACUCAGGAGAACUCACUGUGAAAGAACCCAAGUUUCUGGACUUUGAAGUCAGAAAUGAAGUACAACUCAUCAUUUUAGCGGAAAGUAGGGGGCAUAGAACCUUCAGCAAAGUAGCAGUCUUGAUCCAAGAUGUGAAUGAUAACUUACCAUGCUUUGAGCAGAGCAUGUACCAAAUAUCAGUGCCUGAAGGCCAUUUCUCCAAUGCUCAUAUCAUACAGGUUUUUGCUACCGACCUGGACAGCGGGUUGAAUGGCCUCAUUGAGUACUCUAUUCUCUCUGGGAACCGAGGGGAAGCCUUCCACAUGGACGCACUGAGUGGUGUGGUGACAGCAAAUGCGAUUCUAGAUUAUGAAUUCACCAACUCCUACAGCUUGAUUGUGCAAGCCACAGAUAAGGGGAUGCCCAGGCUUUCUGGUACAAGUGUAAUCAAGAUACAGGUGACUGAUACAAAUGACAAUGCCCCAGCAUUUCUUCCCUCUGGAGCAGUGGAAAUUGCAGAAAAUUCUUUGCCUGGUGUGAUUGUGACUCAGAUAUCAGUUCAUGAUGUGGAUUUGAAUCCAGCUUUCAUCUUCAAUUUCGCCAAAGAGAGUAAUCCUGGAACCAAGUUUGCCAUUGAUCGGAACACUGGAGCAGUGGUGCUAGUGAAAACAUUGGAUUUUGAAGAAGCUACUGAAUACGAGCUGCUCAUCCAAAUUUCUGACGCCGUGCAUCACACAGAGGGGACACUCGUGGUCCGUGUGUUGGACAUCAAUGACAACCCACCAGUAUUUUCUCAAGAUUCUUAUCAGAUUUGCACAAUAUUUACUAGCAAUCCUCUAUUACUUCUGGAUAAAAAAUCAACAAUCCGGUUUCUUGUUGAAGCCAGUGAUGGUGGAAUUCCUGACCUGAGUGCUCUUACCUUAGUAGAAGUAGAAAUACAAGAUAUGAACAAUUAUGCCCCUGAGUUUGCGGUAGAAUAUUAUAACCUUAGCUUGAGUGAAGAUGCUCAAAUUGGAGGCACGCUUCUCACGUUUUCGACCAUGGACCAUGACUGGACCCGAGAAAACACACAUGUUGAUUAUUCUAUCAUCAGUGGUAAUUCACAGAAUAAUUUCCAUGUAGAAACUAGUUUCAUUCAUUCAGAAUAUCCUUAUAAGCAGGUUGGUUAUCUGGUGUUGCUUCAUGGUCUGGACAGAGAAGCAGCUGCCAGUCAUAACCUUGUCAUCCUGGCAUCUGACCAAGGCUUCCCUCCAUUGAGCUCUACAGCCAUUGUAUCAAUAGAAGUACUUGAUGUCAAUGAUAAUCCACCCAAAUUCAACAGUCUGAAAUAUCAUGCCCAUGUCAAGGAAAGUACCCCUCUAGGGAGUCACAUCACUGUUGUCUCUGCUAAUGACCAGGAUGUGGGUCCACAUGCUGAAAUCAUCUACCACAUAAUCUCUGGAAAUGAGAAAGGGCAUUUUCACUUGGAAGAAAAAACUGGAGUUCUUUAUUUGAUUAAACCUCUGGAUUAUGAAGAAAUGACAAAAUUCACUUUAACUAUUCAAGCUUCAGAUGAAGAGAGGAAGCAUUUUUCUUUUGCUGUCGUGUUCAUCAAUGUCCUGGAUGAUAAUGACCAUGCACCUCAGUUUAUGUUCUCCAGCUUAAAUUGUGUUGUUCCUGAAAAUGUGCCUGUUUUCUCCACCAUAUGUUCAGUAAAUGCUUUAGAUUUUGAUGCAGGUCCUUAUGGAGAAUUGACCUACUCUAUCUCAUCGCCCUGUUCCAUCAUUCAUGGGCUGCCUCGUGAUCAUGAUCCCUUCCUCAUUGACCCAUUAACAGGGGAUAUUCACACUAAGCAAGUCCUUGACUAUGAAAAUGACAACAAAUACUGCCUCACAGUUCAGGCAAAAGACAAAGGGGAUUCAGCAGCCUCUUUAAUGGUUUGGGUGGAUAUUGAUGGGAUAGAUGAGUUUGAACCCAUUUUUACUCAAGAUCAAUAUUUUUUCAACCUUCCAGAAAAGAAUAAAGCAAGACAGUUGAUUGGCAGAGUGGAAGCAUCAGAUGCAGAUGCUGGUAUUGACGGAGUUAUUCUUUACUCUUUGGAAACUCCAUCUCCUUUCUUUUUAGUAAAUAAAACCAAUGGAAAUAUUUAUUUGACUAGAGCGUUUCCCCUGAUAAGAAGUCAAAUCCGUGAACAGGACACCAUUGAAAUGAAAAUAAUCGCUCAUAGUCCAAAACCAGACUCCAAGUUUACAUUUUGUACUGUUUUUGUAAAUAUGUCUUCUUUCUCAGAAGGACAACACUCAGUAAUAGGUAGCAGCUUUUCAAUCAGCCUCACAGUCUCCUUUUUAGUGUUUCUGAUACUCAUCUUGAUACUAAUUGUAUUGAUUUUAAGACAUAAACAAAAAGACACAACAAACAAUUAUGAAGAAAAGAAAACCUCAUCCUCUUUAGAUAUCAAUUUGAGACUGACCACAGAUGGCAGCAUUCUCAAGCCCUACCAAAAAGCUAAUGAAUGCCAUAAUGAGGCCGUGCCUGUGGACUCCAUGCCUGAGUGGUUGAGUUUAAUAAGUAUCAUGGAGAAGGACAUUGUGAAUCUGUGCAGGCACUCAAACUCCAGUGGCCACUGUUCCGUGGAAGGAGAAAGUGCAGAAGAUAAGGAAAUCCAGAGGAUAAAUGAGCAUCCUUACAGAAAGGACUCUGGCUCAGCUCUGAGUGAUCGGGAAUCCAGAGUCCCAGACUCUGGAAUCCCAAGGGACUCAGAUCAGCUCUCCUGCUUGUCUGGAGAAACCGAUGUGGUCGUCACUGCUGAAACAGCAGAAAGCAGCCAUACAUUUGAGGAGGAUCAAGAAGGCUGUGGUACAACCUAUGUUCAAAGUAUUGUGUUACCCCAGACACUAAAGAAGAGAGAGAUAAAAGAGAACAUCCUGGCUGAUGUCAGGAAAGAGCUCAUAUUUACAGCAGAGGUUCAGGAAGCAAAGUGUGCAGCUCUUUCCCCCCAGAGAACCUCUGAUCAUGAUAUGAGAGGCAGCUACCAUUGGGAUAAUCUCCUCAGUUGGGAACCCAAGUUCCAACCUCUUGCCUCGGUAUUUAACGAUAUUGCAAAACUAAAGGAUGAACAUUUACAUACACCUGGCAUUCCAAAAGAGAAAUCUUUAGUUAUUCCACCACCUUUGAUAACAGCAGUAGCCCAGCCUGGGAUUAAAGCAGUUCCACCAAGAAUGCCAGCCAGAACCCCAGGGCAAGUGCUUCAGAAAUACCUACACUCCCCCCUUCCCUACCAUCUCAGUUCUCUGCCAGAAGCCACAACCCCCAGCUUUUCACCAUCUCUUUUCCUGCUGACCUCACAGACCCCUGGCAGGACCCCACUGUUUUCAGAUGGGGAAUCAUUAGGAACACAUCUAAGUGGUACAUGCCAUGAACUUAAAGCAGAAGAUGAAGUUCAAAUAUAACAUUAUUGUGAUGUCAAGCACCUGCUCACCAUUGGUCAUGAAUGGUUGAACAAGACAUUCUUAGGCUAACUCCUUCAGAUUGGCUACAACGUAGUGAGGGAUUUCAGAACCUCCUCAUUUAAGUUUCUCAAAUUUCUUCCAGCCUUAAUGAAAAGUUACCCCCUCCUUUAACCUUUAUGUUUUGCUCUCAGGACUCAUGUUUGUAUAUAUAACUAGUGUAUAUUCUGUCAUUGGUUUUCUGGAUGGUUAGAUCUCCAAAAGACACAAUGAAUUUUACUGACUGCCAAAAUGUUUAUGUGAAAAUAUAUGGAAAUAAGUAUAGUGCAGUCUGGUGACAUUAUUGAUGAUUAUACUGCUAUAUCUAAAAUAAAUUAGUAAAGACUGAAUAAGGAAUGAGUAUAGUACAUAAAAAUAAUGGAAAGGAGAAAUAAGAAAACUAUUCUUGAUUAAACGAACCAGAAAUGCAUGUUCUUGAUAGAGGGACAGGAUGAUAAAAGCAAUAAGUAUAUGGUGACUGCCACUUAAGACAUAUUUCCUUGCCAUUCUUUAUAAAUACAGUGACAAUUUUUUUUCAAUGCUCUGUCUUAUAACAUGGUACAGGUAUACACAUUAAAUUUUGAAAAUUUGUAUUUGUAGAUAUUU